GUUUCAACUCGUUCAAUGGACCACACUGAUUCGACUCACUUAAUUUCCCUACUAACUCGUCCUUUUCGCAACAUUAAUCUCAAUGACUCUUCCGAUUCUCCCUCUCGCGACUCGCUCUCCAUCGUCCAAUCAUAUCUCAGCAACUCAUCCUCUUUUCCCGGCGCUCCGGCGACGCUUCCCGGCGGCGCGAUCGACUGCGCGGCAUGUCGAUCGUUGAUUAUCGAAAGCGAAAGCGGAAGCGGAAAAGGAGGCCUUUUGGUGUGCGAUGGGUGUGAGUUAGGGUUUCAUGUUGAUUGCGCUGGAAUGCGAGGCCGUGAGGUCAUGUUUGAGGAGUGGCUGUGUGGUCAGUGCAGUAGGAGAGGUGUGGUGAGGUGUGAUGGAUUGCGAACGAGAGCAAAUAAGCGGUGUCGUCGGAAUAAGCUGGUGGAGGGGAAUGUGAGUGAUUUGCCUCGCGGUGAUGGUGAAGGUGAGGACUCUCGGUUUUCGAGGAAGAACAACCCGUGUGAUAAUACUUUUGGUGGCAAUCCAUUUGGUGUGCCAGUGCCAUCUUCAAGAUUGUUGCACUGCCGAAGCAGGUUUCGGUUUCAAGCAUCCUCCCAUCUUGUGCACCGAUCUGUGAAAAUGGGAAAUGAAGAACUGAGUCAGCCCAAGGAUCCUCAGAUCCAUAGUUUAGCAGAAUUUGAUUUGCGCCCUUCUUCAACUAGUUUAAAGGGUUCUUCAAAUAAACGACCAUUGCCUCGCAUUAAAAAGAAGAUGUGUUUGGAGUCACUUAGGGAAUUUAUAUGUAAAAGUUGUGGUGGAGUUUUAGAAGAAGGUUGGAGUGUUGAGUUUAAGAAUUCUAGGAGUAAAGAUGAGUCGGAUGUAGUAUACUGUGCUCCAGAUGGAAAAAAGUUUGAGUCAAUGUUAGAAGUUGCUCGUUAUAUUGGGCUUACCCCAAAUGCUGAUACCACAGAAUGUGAAAUAAGAAGUCAUGAACUUGAUGUUUCACUGACAGGGUCUUCAGAGCGUAAAAAAAGAAAGACAGCUAGACUUGCACCAACCAAUGGGGAUACAAGAGUUAAAGAUGUGAUAAAUGACUUCGAUAAGGAUGAAGUUUCUGGCAUUGAGAAUGUGGAUAUUGCUGGUAAAUCGGUGAACUGCACAAAAGUCACGGAUGCAAAUUUCGAGAAAACUAGUGGAUGGACAUCUAAGGAGUAUAAUGAUGGAUAUCCUGUUCAAUAUGAAGACUUUUUCAUUAUCUCAGCAGGAAAAAUUGAUUUCAGACCAUCUUAUCAUAAUGCCAAUGAGAUCUGGCCUAUUGGCUAUAAAUCUUGUUGGCAUGAUAAGGUUACUGGCUCACUUUUUAUAUGCGAGGUAUUGGAUGGUGGUGAUUCUGGGCCUGUUUUCAGCGUCAAAAGGUGUUCAUGUUCUCAAGUACCAAUUCCAGGAGGCUCAACUAUCCUCUACAAGUCCAACCUGGCUCACCUUGCUGAUCAGCAUGAAGAAAAUAACGAUUCUGUAUUUUCCCUCGAGGAGGAGUCGGAUUUUAAUUUUCUGAUGAUGAUGCUCUCUGAUCCUCCACCACAAGAACAAGACUUUCUGUUCCAUCUUGGCAGUACUAUCGACCUGAAUGAUCAGACAUUAAAAGUCCCAUCCGUUGAAACUAAUGCAGGUGAUGGUGAAUCUGAAAAUAUUGUGUCUGACAAGACAGUGCUGCAUGAUGUAAUUGGUGAAAUUUCAGUUGAAGAGCGUUCAUCAUCUCUAGCAUGGCUACGGGUUUGUGGAAAACUUAUUGAUGCUUGCCGAAAUGCUUUUACCCAAACGGGGACUUUUGAGUACUUCUGCAGACAUGCGGCUGGAGCAACAUGCUCUUCUAAAUGGGAAAUUAAAAACCAAAACUUUGACUGGAAUGCUGAUCGUUUGAUCAAAUUCAUUGGUUUGUUUGAAUCAGUUGAUGUUCCUUCUGUUAUUCGGGAUCAUAAAGCUUUUGACGUUUCAUCUGCAUUGUUGUCGAAAUGGCUUGGUGAGGACAGAUUUGGACUGAAUGUACAAUUCGUGAAAGAACUGUUGGAACAGAAUCUUGGUGCUAUAGCUUGUCAUGAGUAUGUCAGUUUGAAAGAGAGAGAAUCAUAUUCAUCAUCUUUAACAGUUGGUAGUGGCUUCUUACUAGCUAAGACGAAAGACGGAGUUGACCUCACGAGUGAGAAAGUAGAUGAUUUAACUGAGAGGUGCCAAACCUCUAAUAUCCCAGCGGCUAAUGAUCGUGUUAUCGAUGAUAUUAUAAUCCCUGAGGGAACGCCUGUUAGCUCAAGACUUCCUCCUUCGCUCUUAAGUGAUGCACUUCAAGUGCAGGAGUUUCUUAUUCGUUUCCAUGGUGUUCUGGAGUUGAGGGAUCUGUUUUCAUUUGAAGAACUUGAAAAGGAACUUAUCAGUCUGGGGCUUGAUUGUUUCGACCAUGAGAUUAUUCAAGGAGUAUCGGAGAAAUCCAAAGGUAUCCCCUCGCAUAGAACUGUGGACACUGAAUCUGAUCCAGCAGUGUCAGAUAAAGAUCCACAUGCAAAAAUAACACUUAAAAUGAAGGAACAUCAAGAUCAACUACCGUCUAUUGCUUUCAACAGGUGCAACGGCUUUGCUUUGACUAAGAUCCACUGCUCAUUAAUAAGGGUGCUAAUAGGUGAGCUGCAGUCAAAGGUGGCUGCAGUUAUAGAUCCAGAAUUUGAUAUUAGUGAGUUGAAAUCCAAGCGUGGCAGAAAGAAAGAUGCAGACAGUUGGAUAUCUGAAAUGAGAAACAAAAUGAAUAUACCUCCUCUUAAUGAAUUAACCUGGCCAGAGUUGCUUCGGAGAUAUAUUUUGUCUGUCUCUUCUUUGGGUGAAAAGCUUAAUUCUGCAGAUAUUACAACCCUUGAAAGUAGAAAUGUAUUUCGCUGUUUACAAGGUGAUGGCGGGGUGUUCUGUGGCUCACCUACUGGACCUGUAGGGAUAAGAGCAGAUGCAGCAUUUCUUGCAGAAGCUAUACAGAAUAUAUAUGGCUCUUACAUUAGAGAGCAUGAUGUAAUUGCUAUAGACGAUGUAAAAUCCCAAGAGACAAUUUUGGAAAGGGUAGAUGUAGAGGAUGCUGAACUUCCAGGGUGGGCCAAAGCUCUGGAACCCGUCAGGAAGCUGCCCACGAAUGUGGGAGCCAGAAUCAGAAGAUGCAUAAAUGAGGCAUUGGAUAAAAGUCCACCUGAAUGGGCAAAGAAAGUUUUGGAGCAUUCAAUCAGCAAGAGUGUUUACAGGGGCAAUGCAUCUGGGCCUACAAAGAAAGCUGUUAUUUCCGUGCUGGAAGACUUGCAGAGUGGAGGCUUGCAGCAGAAAUCUGGUAAAGAACAGAAGAAGAAGAAAAGGUACAUAUCAAUAUCCGACAUCCUUACGAAACAAUGUCGUAAAGUCUUACGCAGCUUGGCUGCUCAUGAUGAUUCAAAAAAUCUCCGCGACAUGCUGGAAAAGGAAUUCACGAAUGGUGAAGAUGAGGGGCUUCUUGGUUCUCUAGCUAUUGUGUCACGCCCUUUCGAUUUAAGGACUAUUAAUUUGAAAUUGGCUGCUGGGGCCUAUGGUGGUUCACACGAAGCAUUUCUUGAGGAUGUUAAAGAGUUUUGGGCCAAUGUGCUUAUUGUUUCCAAGGACAAGCCUGAUCUCAUUAGAUUGGUUGAGAUAUUGUCCCAGACUUUUGAUUCGCUGUAUCAAAAAGAGGUUCUCACACAGUUUCAGAAAUUAGAGAAGUGGAGACAAUCAGGCCGCGUAAGUUUGGAGGCCCUAAGUGAGUUGGAUGAUAAAGCCCCAUGGGAAGGAGGGGGGGCAUGCAAAGUUUGUGGAAUUGAUGAUGAUGACGCGAACGUCCUCCUCUGUGAUAAGUGUAAUGCGGAGUAUCAUCAAUACUGCCUUGAUCCUCCACUUGCAAAAAUUCCUGAAGAGAACUGGUAUUGUCCUUCUUGUGUUGUUGGGACAUCCACAACUCAAAGUGCGUCUGGCACUCGGUCGCAAUUUCUACACUAUAGGGAGUAUCAGGGAGAAAUUGGUUCACACUUUGAGUUCAUCGCACAUCUAGCAUCUGAUAUGGAAGAGAGAGAGUAUUGGGAAUUGGAACUUUACCAGAGAUCCCACCUGCUGACAUAUCUGUGUGAUGAAUUGUUAAACUCCGCUCUUGUUCGGCAACACAUUGACCAAUGCACAGAAACGCUGACUAAAUUAAUGCAGAAUCUGCGCUCUACUUCUGCAGAAUUAAAAACCUUGAAACACAAAGAAGCGAGCUUCGAGGCCAAAGUGGCAGAGUGUGACAGAAGUGUUAAGGUUAGUACUCCUGAUCUGGCAUCUUUUGAAGAUCUGCAAGGCCUUUCUUCCUCUCUUGCCACAGGGAGCGCCAAUGUCAGUUCAGAUGAUCCCAUUGUGCUCCUCAAUAACUCCCAAUCAGAAAACUCUGAGUUAGCAUCAGUUAGGACCCGAAUAUUACAACUAAACAACUUAACUGCUGGUUUAUAUUCACAGUUUAUGAAGUUGUCAACGCGCAGGAAAUUUCUAGGUAGAGAUUCUUCUGGCAGAUCGUACUGGGUGUUGGCAGAUUCAGGUACCCAACCUUCACCUAUUUCCAGCAGUAAUGGGGAAAUGCAGUGGAGUGGACAAAUUAUAUCUGCCAGUUUUUCAGAGACUGUUUCACCUCCUUUUCCAUGUGAACUCGGUGAUAAUAAGGGUGGUCCUGAAUGGGUUUCUUACAAAUCUGAUGCAGAAAUUGAAAAGAUUUUGCACCAUUUACAGGAUAAUAAUUCAAGAGAGAGAGAUUUAAAAGAAUCCAUUUUGCAGUGGAAAAGUUUUAUGACCCAAGGCAAUCAAGUAUCUGAGAGCGAAAAUUUGAAGGGUCCUCAAAUGACUUCAAGUUUGGGAGACUGUAUAUAUGUUGCAUCUUCCAACUCUCUUUGUACUAAGGCGACCAGUUUUCUAGAGGAAAAAUAUGCUCCAUGCGUAGCACUGGAAUCAUCCGAGCUUUGUAGUAGAAGGAUGAAAAAGGCAAAUGGAAUAGCCCAACACCAAAUGGGCAGAUGUGAUUGUUUAGAGCCUAUAUGGCCAUCUAGACUCCAUUGCUUUACAUGCCAUAGAACCUUCUUGACAGAUGUAGAUUUAGAUGGACAUAAUGAUGGUAAAUGCAGUAAAGCUCUACCAGCUUCUGAUAAAUUGGAUUGUCAUGAAAGUUCUAAGGGUAAAAGCAUGAUAUCCGGGCUUGGACAGGUAGGGUACCGACAUGAAAUGCGCAAUGUUUCUGCAUUAAGAAGUGGGCUUUCCCAACCAUCGCAAAAUUAUAUCAGUCAUCUGAAUGACAAGUCAGUUUGUCCAUUUGAUUAUGAAGAUAUUUGUUCCAAAUUUGUGAUGAAUGAAUCAAACAAGGAACUUGUGGAAAGCAUAGGUCUUAUCGGCUCGAAUGGUACUCCAACGUUGCUUCCAUCUACUUCUCAUCUUAGUGAUUCUGUGGCAAUGCUAAUUUCCCAAGAGGCUGUAGUUGGUGAAGCUCCUAAGCUUCCUGAUGAUGUGAAACUUACUUGUUUGCAAGACGAGAGGACAUUUAAUGCUAACACUAGCAAUAAUUUUCCUAAUAAUUCUCUGCAACAUACUGUUAAGCAUCAAGACAAAAAAGUAUCAUUGCACUGUGGUGCUCCCCUGUGCAAGGUGUUGGAUUGCUGCAUUGUCCCAGAACCCUCGUUAAGGCCAUUGGUGGGCAGAGCUGGUUAUAUCCUACAACAACUCAAGAUUAACCUACUGGAUAUGGAUGCUGCACUUCCUGAAGAGGCAAUAAAACCUUCAAGAAGUAAGCUGGAACGCAGAUGGGCUUGGCGCAGCUUUGUUAAAUCAGCAGAGAGAAUAUACGAGAUGGCGCAAGCAACAAUAGCAUUGGAGGAUAUGAUCAAAUCAGAGUACUUGAAAAAAACUUGGCGGUACUGGUCUUCACUUACCAUGGCUGCCAAAAUUUCAACGCUAUCAUCCCUUGCUCUGCGUAUUUACUCCCUGGAUGCAGCCAUCAACUACAAUAAAUCUUCUUCUUCAGAUGACUUCCAGAAAAGUCUCAAGCAAGAAAAGAAAGGAACAGGAGACUUAACAUGUAUUUCUCAUGUUUAGAAAGGUGACAUGCUAACCUCGAUCUACAUGGAUAGGAAACAGACAUUGAUAAAAUGCAUGAUAGUGCAUCCAGUUGUGGCCUGAUGAUGGCUGGAACUUUCUAUUUCUCCUGGAGGACUACACAGUAUAACUAAUAGAUUUCACAUGCACACAGAAGGGCCAGAUGAGAACAAUACCAAAGAGGGAGAGAGAUCAAAUUUGAAAUUUCUUUUUUGUUCUCAUAUCCUUUCUUUUAGAUGUCUUGAAAUUCUAAGUAUUGUUCAAUGUUCUGAAAAGACGGUUUUCGAUAGAAGUUGAGUCGUUUUUAGAGAGAUAAAUUGGAUGUGUUGUGUAGGUUCAUACUCUGUCUUUGUUUCUUCCCCUUUUACAUGGAUUCAACUAAUGCUGUGGAGGUUAAGACUAUUGUAGGAUGUCGAAUGUGUUUGGCAUAGUUCAAGGAUGCUCCAUUUGGCUAUUUA